CUAUACGGACGAUUUUGCAGUCGUACAGUAGCGUGUACUGUAGUGAUAUUUAUCUACUUUCUAAAGAAAACUGAGGUAGGCCUGUAUUUUAUCAUGGCAGAGAAAAGUCGCGUGUGUUCAGUAUGGGUUGGCACGGAAACAGGAAUUUUAAAAGGAGUUAGCCUUGCAAAAAAGCAGGCAUUUAACUUCUGUGAAAUGAACUGCCUGAGCCGGGACCAGGAGGUGUGCGUCCUCUGCUGGGGUGAUGCUCAGGAAACUGAGGUGCUGGUGGGCUGCUCGAACGGAGAACUUAAGACAUUCAGCACAGAGAAAGGGCUCUUCACGGAAACCCGGCAGUGCGGUCAGAGCGAUGAGGGAAAAUUUACCGGGCUCGCUGUGGCAGACAGUGCUUUGGUCACUUCUGUGGAGUCUGGACUUGUGAAGGUCUGGAAGGAUGGUGCCACAAAGCCAGUUGAGAUUAAUGCAGGGCGCAGUGUGUGUCGGAUGGUUCAGAAUGCAUUACAGCGCCACCAUGUGGCCACAGGAGGGAAAGAGAACGGACUCAAAGUCUGGGACUUGGAGAGACCAGAUGUUCCAGUUUUCACGGCCAAAAAUGUGAGGAACGACUGGCUUGACCUUCGAGUGCCGGAGUGGGUGAGAGAUCUGGCGUUUAUCCCCGACUCGGAGAAGAUCGUCACCUGCACGGGACACCACCAGGUGCGUGUGUACGACCCAGCGUCCCCGCAGCGCCGACCCGUGCUGGAGGCCCAGUUUGGCGAGUACCCGCUCACCGCCCUCGCCCUGCCGGCCGGCUCCCCCUGUGUGGUCGUGGGCAACACGCAGGGGCAGCUGGCCUUGAUAGACCUGCGUAAGGGUCUGGUCAGAGGCUGCUUGAAGGGCCUGGCCGGGGGGGUCCGGGAGCUGCAGUGUCACCCCUCCCUCCCGCUGGUGGCUUCCUGCGGACUGGAUCGCUUCCUGCGCAUUCACAGCCUGGAUGACCACUCUCUGCAGCACAAGGUGUAUCUGAAGUCGCGGCUGAACUGCGUGCUUCUGUCGAGCAAAGAUCUAGAGGCGUGUCCAGAAGCCGCGCCGGCAGAACAGGAGGUGGCGGAGGAGGAGGGGGAGGACGUGGAAGGUGAAGACGCGGUGUGGGACGCCAUGGAGACGGUGACGGAGAGGAGAAAAUCCCGAAAAGCGGACGGAGGCGACGAGGGAGCGGAGGAGAAGAGCACGAAGAAACGGAAAGUGAGGAAGUGAUGAGGAGGAAGAAGUGGGCGUGGCCAUGUAUGCCCCGCCCACAGGAACUGAGACACCCGGGACGGCCGACGCCAACCGCUAUGCCCUCAGCCCCCGAGUUUAGCGGCAUGGGACAUAUACCCUCCUGGCGUGAACCUGCGGCAUUUUUACAGGCUUAUAUACUUUCAUCUCUGAGGUGGAAAAAAAAUGCAGUAUGUUCGAUAAUAAUUGUUAAUAUUUUAUGAUGAAUUCUCUCUCAGAUAGUUCCUUUAAAGAAAGCAUUUAGAUAUACCCGUAUUGUGUCUUUUUAAAGGCAGUUUGGUUGGACACAGUAGUGAUGUAGGCUGUCGGUUGGUGUGUUGAAGGGAUGGUGGUCACUUUUUGGAGUGGGGGGGGGGAGGUGACUUUACCAGCUCUCUGUUAUUGAAUAAAUGUAAUUGUGUGAAUCUGGAUGCCCGAAGUCGCCACCCCCCUUCUUAAAACCAUUAAACCAUUGUUAAUUGAUA